AUGAUUAAGAAAAGUUCUUCAAAAAGUCAAACUGAAAACUUUCAGCAAAAUUAUCGAGCAGGAAUAACUGCAUUUAAAGAAAAUAAUUUUGAACGAGCACUUGAGUUUUUUACUAAGGCGAUAAAGUCGAAUUCGAAAAGUAUUAUAUUAUAUGAUUGUCGCGCUGUCACCUGUGAAAAACUUGGUCUCAUAAAUGAAGCUUUACACGAUGCCGAGUUUAUGAUGAAAUUGGAUAAAUCAUCACCUAAGGGAUAUCUUCGUGCCGGAAAAUUAUACAGGAUGCUAAAUAAUGAAGAUAAGGCGCAAGAGGUUUAUAGUUUGGGAAUAACAAAUGUAUUGAAAGAUGAUCUGUUAUACAAGAAAUUACAUGAACUUAAGGAUAAAAAGCCUCAGGCAAAGGGUUCCAUUACUAAUAAAAAAACAUAUGACUUGAUAGCUUUUUUUCCACCCGAAAUUGUCCAUGAAAUUUUUAAUCUUCUACCCUUUGCAAGUAUUUGUAAGACAUCAGGAGUUUCUAAAACUUGGCGUAUAUAUAUUGUAUCGUCACCUUUCUUUUAUCGUGAAUUGAAUUUCACAAUUGGUCAGCGUUCUUACAUUACUGACCAGACUAUUCGAACGUAUUUGUCACGAGGAAAAUCAUGUAUUAAACAUUUGAUAUGCCGAGGUGCACCGAAACUUACUGAUACAACGAUGCGAUCUCUGAGAUCAAUAUUUGGAAUUCGAUUACAAGGGAUCGAAAUAACUGCUAAUAGUUCGAUCACCAAUAAUUCUAUUAUUACUUUCAUUCGCACGAUUGGAGGACAUUUGAAAUAUAUAAACUUUUCAAAAACGCUUAUUGCAGACACCGGAGUAAAGGCAAUAUUAAUUACUUGCAACAAAUUGGAAACAUUGGAUCUCUCGCUUUGUGAAUAUAUAACCUCAGCAGCUUUUGAUCUUAAACAGGGUCUUAGUCAAUGCAAAGCUACUGAACUUUGUAAUAUCAAUUUAAAUUUGUCUACCGGGGUCUCUGAAAGGACAAUUUCUCAUUUAAUGGAAUUAUUUCCUAAACUUUCAAGUCUUCAUUUACAAGGACAAGGGGCAAUUAUGACAACUCGAUCAAUAGCAAAUUUAAUCAAAUUUCCAAAUUUAAAAUCACUUCAAUUAAAAAAUAUUAUAAAUAAUCGAGAUUUAUCAAUAGAAAAUAUAUUUAGUAAAUUAACUGAUUCCUGUCCAUCACUUUGUGAAUUUACAUUACAGGAUAGUUCAUGCUUAACAGAUAAUUGUAUUCAACAUUUGGUAAUGUCUUGUAAUUUGGAAGUUUUGGAUCUUAAUGGAAGUAUUUCAUUAACUGACGUAACAAUGAAUAAUAUUGGAAUCUAUUGUAAAAAAUUGAAAAUUUUAAGAAUUGGGAAAUCUCCCGGAAUAACGGAUGAAGGGGUAAAAGAAAUUAAUUUUAGUUGGUGUCGAAAUAUUACUGGAUCCGGAAUAGCAUAUUUAAUUCAAAAAUGUAAAAAUUCUUUGAGAAAAUUAUUUUUAAAUGAAUGUUCAUCUAUAUCUCCCGAUGCUGUAUAUUAUGCUAGAGCUGUUUUGGGAACUUAUGAAGGAACUAAAUAUGUGUGUACCAAAUUUAGUGAAGAAAAUAUAGAACGUAAAAAUAUGAAUGAAGGAAUUCAAAAUAUUUAUAUUCGAGAUACUGAAACUCGGAAUACUCCCAAGCCCCAUAUCGUAUAUCGUGUCGAAGUGCACGCAGCAGUUAGAACAUGGUCAAUUUGGAAACGGUACAGUGAAUUUGAGGAAUUAAAUUAUAAACUUGUGAGAAUUUUUCCACUUAAUCCUCCACCUUAUGAGAUGCCAGUAAAACAUUAUUUUCAAUCUACUUUGGGAAAUCCUGCACUGGUUGAAGAAAGGCGUAGAGGAUUGGAAGAAUUUUUAAGAGGUAUUCUUUUUCAUAAGGAUGAUCGUUGGAGGGAAACUGAUGAAUGGAAAGAAUUUUUGGCUAUACCCACCGGAAGGCCACUUGAUGCUUCAGCCAUGUAUACUUCAGAAAGUUGGCUUGAUGAAUGUAAUCAAGCACAAUCGAUAACGAAAGAAAUUAGGUCCCUUCUUAAUCGUCGGGAAACUCAUAUCGCUCGUAAUGAAGUUCAAGCUUCACAUAAUUGUGGAGUACAAGCAAAAAAGAAUUUAACAACUCUUGGUGUAAGAGUAUCUCAACUUGAAAGUGGUUUAAUAGGGUUAGCAAAAGGAACUGGAAGAGAUAGAAAAACAAUGUCAGAAGGUGAAUUAAGGAGACGACAAGAUAUUUUAAAUGACCUUAAAGAUGAAAAGGAUACAUUAACCAAACUUGUAUUGGCUAAUCGUCCGGACAUUAGUAAAUCUACUACACCUGCUAGUUCUGGUGAUCGUGCCUCAUUAUUUCGACAACCAGUUCAACCUAUUUCUAAACGUGCUCCCCCAUCACGACGAGUUUUUGGUAAUACUCGUGCGUUGCCAGCUGAAACAGAAUUAACUCGAGGAUUGGAUAAUGAAGGUCUUGUGAAUUUACAGAAAACUACCAUGGAAGAUCAAGAACGUCAUGUUGAACAAUUUAGUGCCAUACUAAGUAGACAUAAACAACUUGGUUUAGCAAUUGGUCAAGAAUUGGAAAUUCAAAAUCAAAUGUUAUCAGAAUUAGAUGAAGGUAUUGAUCAAACAUCAUCAAAAUUAAGAUUUACCACACGAAAAAUGAAUUCAAUUAAAUGA